GUGUCCUGGGAAAGAAAAUCUUGAGAUGUCAGUUUAAACCAACUAAAGUGUCUUUCAUGAAGUUCCACCAAGACAGUGCCAUUAUGAAAGAUAAUAUGUGCCUGGACUGAUAAGUUGAAACCAAAAGAAACAGGGCUACAUGACUUGUUUCACCAACACUGAGGGAAAUACAUUAUGUCUGAUAGUGGGUUAUUUUCCAGGUGUGCCAGCUUGGGUAGAGUAAGUUGUACAUGUUUAGGUCAGCUUUGAUAGUCAGACUUUCACAGGGGAAACUUUUGACACCUGAACCUAAACAUGUCUCAAAUCUUAUGUUCCGUAGUGGAGAAACUGCCACGGGGAAGAGAUGUUGUGUUCUUGUUGGACGGAUCCGAUGGUACUAGAGCUGGAUUCCCAGCUAUGCGAGACUUUGUCCAAAGAGUAGUAGAGACACUCAGUGUGGAUGACAACAAAGACCGCGUCUCAGUGGUUCAGUACAGCAGAGAUCCAACUGUCCAGUUCUACCUGAACACGUACACCACAAAAGGCGAGAUCCUUGACACCCUCAGAGAUUUGAGACACAAAGGCGGAAGACCCCUCAACACUGGAGCAGCUCUCCAGUACCUGAGGGAUAAUGUCUUUACGGUCUCCGCCGGAAGCAGGCGCCCAGAAGGAGUUCAACAGGUGCUUAUAUUGCUAAGUGGUGGAAGGUCUUUUGACAGCGUUGAUGCACCGGCUUCUGCUCUGAAAAAGCUGGGCGUCCUGACCUUUGCAAUUGGAACCAGGAGCUCUGAUAGCAGAGAACUGCAGAACAUAGCCCACGAUCCAAGUUACGCUCUGUCUGUGUCUGAAUUCACCGACCUUCCCAGUGUCCAACAGCAGCUUCAGGACUCCGUGGAGGCUGCUGUUAUUGAUGUCACCCCAGAGUCACCAACUGUACUUGUUGACAGCGCCAAAAAGGAUAUUGUAUUCCUUCUGGAUGGUUCUGAUGGCACAAGGAAUGGCUUCCCUGCCAUGCGUAAUUUUGUUGAGAGAGUGGUUGAGAAACUGAACGUGGGAGAAAACGAAGACCGUGUCUCUGUGGUCCAGUACAGCAGAGAUGCAGAGGUCCAUUUCUAUCUGAAAACAUACACCACAAGAGAGGAAAUUGUGGAUUCGGUCAGGGGGCUGAGACACAGAGGAGGCAGACCCCUCAACACCGGGGCAGCCCUCCAGUAUGUCAGGGACAACGUCUUUACAAACUCCUCCGGGAGUAGGCGACUGCAAGGCGUUCCACAGAUGUUGAUCCUGCUAAAUGGUGGAAGGUCAUUUGACAAUGUAGAUACACCAGCCUCUGCUCUCAAACAGCAGGGCAUCUUUGUGAUUGGCAUUGGAACAAGGAGCUCUGACAUUAAAGAGAUGCAGAAGAUAUCGUACGACCCUAGUCUCGCUCUAGCAGUGUCUGAGUUCACUGACCUCCCCAGUAUCCAAGAACAGCUCUCCUCUGUAAUGAGCACAGUGGUAGUGAGGGCCACGCCCGUGACACCAACAGUAACUGUGGAGAAACUGCCACAGGGAAGAGAUGUUGUGUUCUUGUUGGACGGAUCCGAUGGUACUAGAGCUGGAUUCCCAGCUAUGCGAGACUUUGUCCAAAGAGUAGUAGAGACACUCAGUGUGGAUGACAACAAAGACCGCGUCUCAGUGGUUCAGUACAGCAGAGAUCCAACUGUCCAGUUCUACCUGAACACGUACACCACAAAAGGCGAGAUCCUUGACACCCUCAGAGAUUUGAGACACAAAGGCGGAAGACCCCUCAACACUGGAGCAGCUCUCCAGUACCUGAGGGAUAAUGUCUUUACGGUCUCCGCCGGAAGCAGGCGCCCAGAAGGAGUUCAACAGGUGCUUAUAUUGCUAAGUGGUGGAAGGUCUUUUGACAGCGUUGAUGCACCGGCUUCUGCUCUGAAAAAGCUGGGCGUCCUGACCUUUGCAAUUGGAACCAGGAGCUCUGAUAGCAGAGAACUGCAGAACAUAGCCCACGAUCCAAGUUACGCUCUGUCUGUGUCUGAAUUCACCGACCUUCCCAGUGUCCAACAGCAGCUUCAGGACUCCGUGGAGGCUGCUGUUAUUGCUGUCACCCCAGAGUCACCAACUGUACUUGUUGACAGCGCCAAAAAGGAUAUUGUAUUCCUUCUGGAUGGUUCUGAUGGCACAAGGAAUGGCUUCCCUGCCAUGCGUAAUUUUGUUGAGAGAGUGGUGGAGAAACUGAACGUGGGAGAGAACAAAGACCGUGUCUCUGUGGUCCAGUACAGCAGAGAUGCAGAGGUCCAUUUCUAUCUGAAAACAUACACCACAAGAGAGGAAAUUGUGGAUUCGGUCAGGGGGCUGAGACACAGAGGAGGCAGACCCCUCAACACCGGGGCAGCCCUCCAGUAUGUCAGGGACAACAUCUUUACAAACUCCUCCGGGAGUAGGCGACUGCAAGGCGUUCCACAGAUGUUGAUCCUGCUAAAUGGUGGAAGGUCAUUUGACAAUGUAGAUACACCAGCCUCUGCUCUCAAACAGCAGGGCAUCUUUGUGAUUGGCAUUGGAACAAGGAGCUCUGACAUUAAAGAGAUGCAGAAGAUAUCGUAUGACCCUAGUCUCGCUCUAGCAGUGUCUGAGUUCACUGACCUCCCCAGUAUCCAAGAACAGCUCUCCUCUGUAAUGAGCACAGUGGUAGUGAGGGCCACGCCCGUGACACCAACAGUAACUGUGGAGAAACUGCCACAGGGAAGAGAUGUUGUGUUCUUGUUGGACGGAUCCGAUGGUACUAGAGCUGGAUUCCCAGCUAUGCGAGACUUUGUCCAAAGAGUAGUAGAGACACUCAGUGUGGAUGACAACAAAGACCGCGUCUCAGUGGUUCAGUACAGCAGAGAUCCAACUGUCCAGUUCUACCUGAACACGUACACCACAAAAGGCGAGAUCCUUGACACCCUCAGAGAUUUGAGACACAAAGGCGGAAGACCCCUCAACACUGGAGCAGCUCUCCAGUACCUGAGGGAUAAUGUCUUUACGGUCUCCGCCGGAAGCAGGCGCCCAGAAGGAGUUCAACAGGUGCUUAUAUUGCUAAGUGGUGGAAGGUCUUUUGACAGCGUUGAUGCAGCGGCUUCUGCUCUGAAAAAGCUGGGCGUCCUGACCUUUGCAAUUGGAACCAGGAGCUCUGAUAGCAGAGAACUGCAGAACAUAGCCCACGAUCCAAGUUACGCUCUGUCUGUGUCUGAAUUCACCGACCUUCCCAGUGUCCAACAGCAGCUUCAGGACUCCGUGGAGGCUGCUGUUAUUGAUGUCACCCCAGAGUCACCAACUGUACUUGUUGACAGCGCCAAAAAGGAUAUUGUAUUCCUUCUGGAUGGUUCUGAUGGCACAAGGAAUGGCUUCCCUGCCAUGCGUAAUUUUGUUGAGAGAGUGGUGGAGAAACUGAACGUGGGAGAAAACAAAGACCGUGUCUCUGUGGUCCAGUACAGCAGAGAUGCAGAGGUCCAUUUCUAUCUGAAAACAUACACCACAAGAGAGGAAAUUGUGGAUUCGGUCAGGGGGCUGAGACACAGAGGAGGCAGACCCCUCAACACCGGGGCAGCCCUCCAGUAUGUCAGGGACAACGUCUUUACAAACUCCUCCGGGAGUAGGCGACUGCAAGGCGUUCCACAGAUGUUGAUCCUGCUAAAUGGUGGAAGGUCAUUUGACAAUGUAGAUACACCAGCCUCUGCUCUCAAACAGCAGGGCAUCUUUGUGAUUGGCAUUGGAACAAGGAGCUCUGACAUUAAAGAGAUGCAGAAGAUAUCGUAUGACCCUAGUCUCGCUCUAGCAGUGUCUGAGUUCACUGACCUCCCCAGUAUCCAAGAACAGCUCUCCUCUGUAAUGAGCACAGUGGUAGUGAGGGCCACGCCCGUGACACCAACAGUAACUGUGGAGAAACUGCCACGGGGAAGAGAUGUUGUGUUCUUGUUGGACGGAUCCGAUGGUACUAGAGCUGGAUUCCCAGCUAUGCGAGACUUUGUCCAAAGGGUAGUAGAGACACUCAGUGUGGAUGACAACAAAGACCGCGUCUCAGUGGUUCAGUACAGCAGAGAUCCAACUGUCCAGUUCUACCUGAACACGUACACCACAAAAGGCGAGAUCCUUGACACCCUCAGAGAUUUGAGACACAAAGGCGGAAGACCCCUCAACACUGGAGCAGCUCUCCAGUACCUGAGGGAUAAUGUCUUUACGGUCUCCGCCGGAAGCAGGCGCCCAGAAGGAGUUCAACAGGUGCUUAUAUUGCUAAGUGGUGGAAGGUCUUUUGACAGCGUUGAUGCACCGGCUUCUGCUCUGAAAAAGCUGGGCGUCCUGACCUUUGCAAUUGGAACCAGGAGCUCUGAUAGCAGAGAACUGCAGAACAUAGCCCACGAUCCAAGUUACGCUCUGUCUGUGUCUGAAUUCACCGACCUUCCCAGUGUCCAACAGCAGCUUCAGGACUCCGUGGAGGCUGCUGUUAUUGCUGUCACCCCAGAGUCACCAACUGUACUUGUUGACAGCGCCAAAAAGGAUAUUGUAUUCCUUCUGGAUGGUUCUGAUGGCACAAGGAAUGGCUUCCCUGCCAUGCGUAAUUUUGUUGAGAGAGUGGUGGAGAAACUGAACGUGGGAGAAAACAAAGACCGUGUCUCUGUGGUCCAGUACAGCAGAGAUGCAGAGGUCCAUUUCUAUCUGAAAACAUACACCACAAGAGAGGAAAUUGUGGAUUCGGUCAGGGGGCUGAGACACAGAGGAGGCAGACCCCUCAACACCGGGGCAGCCCUCCAGUAUGUCAGGGACAACGUCUUUACAAACUCCUCCGGGAGUAGGCGACUGCAAGGCGUUCCACAGAUGUUGAUCCUGCUAAAUGGUGGAAGGUCAUUUGACAAUGUAGAUACACCAGCCUCUGCUCUCAAACAGCAGGGCAUCUUUGUGAUUGGCAUUGGAACAAGGAGCUCUGACAUUAAAGAGAUGCAGAAGAUAUCGUAUGACCCUAGUCUCGCUCUAGCAGUGUCUGAGUUCACUGACCUCCCCAGUAUCCAAGAACAGCUCUCCUCUGUAAUGAGCACAGUGGUAGUGAGGGCCACGCCCGUGACACCAACAGUAACUGUGGAGAAACUGCCACAGGGAAGAGAUGUUGUGUUCUUGUUGGACGGAUCCGAUGGUACUAGAGCUGGAUUCCCAGCUAUGCGAGACUUUGUCCAAAGAGUAGUAGAGACACUCAGUGUGGAUGACAACAAAGACCGCGUCUCAGUGGUUCAGUACAGCAGAGAUCCAACUGUCCAGUUCUACCUGAACACGUACACCACAAAAGGCGAGAUCCUUGACACCCUCAGAGAUUUGAGACACAAAGGCGGAAGACCCCUCAACACUGGAGCAGCUCUCCAGUACCUGAGGGAUAAUGUCUUUACGGUCUCCGCCGGAAGCAGGCGCCCAGAAGGAGUUCAACAGGUGCUUAUAUUGCUAAGUGGUGGAAGGUCUUUUGACAGCGUUGAUGCAGCGGCUUCUGCUCUGAAAAAGCUGGGCGUCCUGACCUUUGCAAUUGGAACCAGGAGCUCUGAUAGCAGAGAACUGCAGAACAUAGCCCACGAUCCAAGUUACGCUCUGUCUGUGUCUGAAUUCACCGACCUUCCCAGUGUCCAACAGCAGCUUCAGGACUCCGUGGAGGCUGCUGUUAUUGAUGUCACCCCAGAGUCACCAACUGUACUUGUUGACAGCGCCAAAAAGGAUAUUGUAUUCCUUCUGGAUGGUUCUGAUGGCACAAGGAAUGGCUUCCCUGCCAUGCGUAAUUUUGUUGAGAGAGUGGUGGAGAAACUGAACGUGGGAGAAAACAAAGACCGUGUCUCUGUGGUCCAGUACAGCAGAGAUGCAGAGGUCCAUUUCUAUCUGAAAACAUACACCACAAGAGAGGAAAUUGUGGAUUCGGUCAGGGGGCUGAGACACAGAGGAGGCAGACCCCUCAACACCGGGGCAGCCCUCCAGUAUGUCAGGGACAACGUCUUUACAAACUCCUCCGGGAGUAGGCGACUGCAAGGCGUUCCACAGAUGUUGAUCCUGCUAAAUGGUGGAAGGUCAUUUGACAAUGUAGAUACACCAGCCUCUGCUCUCAAACAGCAGGGCAUCUUUGUGAUUGGCAUUGGAACAAGGAGCUCUGACAUUAAAGAGAUGCAGAAGAUAUCGUAUGACCCUAGUCUCGCUCUAGCAGUGUCUGAGUUCACUGACCUCCCCAGUAUCCAAGAACAGCUCUCCUCUGUAAUGAGCACAGUGGUAGUGAGGGCCACGCCCGUGACACCAACAGUAACUGUGGAGAAACUGCCACGGGGAAGAGAUGUUGUGUUCUUGUUGGACGGAUCCGAUGGUACUAGAGCUGGAUUCCCAGCUAUGCGAGACUUUGUCCAAAGAGUAGUAGAGACACUCAGUGUGGAUGAUAACAAAGACCGCGUCUCAGUGGUUCAGUACAGCAGAGAUCCAACUGUCCAGUUCUACCUGAACACGUACACCACAAAAGGCGAGAUCCUUGACACCCUCAGAGAUUUGAGACACAAAGGCGGAAGACCCCUCAACACUGGAGCAGCUCUCCAGUACCUGAGGGAUAAUGUCUUUACGGUCUCCGCCGGAAGCAGGCGCCCAGAAGGAGUUCAACAGGUGCUUAUAUUGCUAAGUGGUGGAAGGUCUUUUGACAGCGUUGAUGCAGCGGCUUCUGCUCUGAAAAAGCUGGGCGUCCUGACCUUUGCAAUUGGAACCAGGAGCUCUGAUAGCAGAGAACUGCAGAACAUAGCCCACGAUCCAAGUUACGCUCUGUCUGUGUCUGAAUUCACCGACCUUCCCAGUGUCCAACAGCAGCUUCAGGACUCCGUGGAGGCUGCUGUUAUUGAUGUCACCCCAGAGUCACCAACUGUACUUGUUGACAGCGCCAAAAAGGAUAUUGUAUUCCUUCUGGAUGGUUCUGAUGGCACAAGGAAUGGCUUCCCUGCCAUGCGUAAUUUUGUUGAGAGAGUGGUGGAGAAACUGAACGUGGGAGAGAACAAAGACCGUGUCUCUGUGGUCCAGUACAGCAGAGAUGCAGAGGUCCAUUUCUAUCUGAAAACAUACACCACAAGAGAGGAAAUUGUGGAUUCGGUCAGGGGGCUGAGACACAGAGGAGGCAGACCCCUCAACACCGGGGCAGCCCUCCAGUAUGUCAGGGACAACGUCUUUACAAACUCCUCCGGGAGUAGGCGACUGCAAGGCGUUCCACAGAUGUUGAUCCUGCUAAAUGGUGGAAGGUCAUUUGACAAUGUAGAUACACCAGCCUCUGCUCUCAAACAGCAGGGCAUCUUUGUGAUUGGCAUUGGAACAAGGAGCUCUGACAUUAAAGAGAUGCAGAAGAUAUCGUAUGACCCUAGUCUCGCUCUAGCAGUGUCUGAGUUCACUGACCUCCCCAGUAUCCAAGAACAGCUCUCCUCUGUAAUGAGCACAGUGGUAGUGAGGGCCACGCCCGUGACACCAACAGUAACUGUGGAGAAACUCCCACGGGGAAGAGAUGUUGUGUUCUUGUUGGACGGAUCCGAUGGUACUAGAGCUGGAUUCCCAGCUAUGCGAGACUUUGUCCAAAGAGUAGUAGAGACACUCAGUGUGGAUGACAACAAAGACCGCGUCUCAGUGGUUCAGUACAGCAGAGAUCCAACUGUCCAGUUCUACCUGAACACGUACACCACAAAAGGCGAGAUCCUUGACACCCUCAGAGAUUUGAGACACAAAGGCGGAAGACCCCUCAACACUGGAGCAGCUCUCCAGUACCUGAGGGAUAAUGUCUUUACGGUCUCCGCCGGAAGCAGGCGCCCAGAAGGAGUUCAACAGGUGCUUAUAUUGCUAAGUGGUGGAAGGUCUUUUGACAGCGUUGAUGCACCGGCUUCUGCUUUGAAAAAGCUGGGCGUCCUGACCUUUGCAAUUGGAACCAGGAGCUCUGAUAGCAGAGAACUGCAGAACAUAGCCCACGAUCCAAGUUACGCUCUGUCUGUGUCUGAAUUCACCGACCUUCCCAGUGUCCAACAGCAGCUUCAGGACUCCGUGGAGGCUGCUGUUAUUGAUGUCACCCCAGAGUCACCAACUGUACUUGUUGACAGCGCCAAAAAGGAUAUUGUAUUCCUUCUGGAUGGUUCUGAUGGCACAAGGAAUGGCUUCCCUGCCAUGCGUAAUUUUGUUGAGAGAGUGUUGGAGAAACUGAACGGACAACGUCUUUACAAACUCCUCCGGGAGUAG